AUGUCGGACAUUAACAGCUCUGAAGAAGAUAAAGGCUCCUUCUCUCGAAAAAUCAUCAACAUAGUCUUCACCAUCCUUGUGCUGGAUCUUCUGGGUUUCACCUUGAUUCUUCCUCUUCUACCUUCAAUUUUGGACCACUACUCACAGGAGGAAGAUGAAGUCUACCUAUUCAUGCAAAGCGCUGUGGACUGGUUCAGAGAGUCUAUUGGGAUUCCUCUUGAUAAAAAAUACAACACUGUUUUAUUUGGAGGUUUGAUUGGGUCGCUUUUCUCUCUGCUCCAGUUUUUGUCAUCACCACUCACUGGGGCUCUGUCUGACCGUUAUGGCAGACGGCUCCUGCUCUUGGUCACUACAUUAGGGCUCAUCUCCUCGUAUGCUGUGUGGGUUGUUUCCAAAAGCUUCACUAUGUUCCUUUUGUUCCGUAUAAUUGGGGGCCUUUGUAAGGGAAAUGUCAGUCUGUGUACUGCCAUUGUAGCAGACUUGCCCUCCCCAAAAGCAAGAAACAGGGGAAUGGCCAUGAUUGGUAUUGCGUUUUCAUUGGGCUUCACAGUUGGACCUUUGAUGGGGGCCUACUUUGCAAUGAGCUUCAGAGCAUCAGGUGAAGGAAAUGCAUUUCACCAGACCCCAGCUCUGCUGGCUUUGGCCUUUAGUGUGGCUGACUUGCUGUUUAUUUGGCUUGUGCUUCCCGAAACACUAAGAAAGGAUCUGAAGACGACUUUUUCUGGUCAAUGCAGGGACCUCCUAAACCCAUUUGCUUUGUUGUGCUUCUCUGCUAUAAGUAACUCUGAAGAAGCUCCUUCAAAACAAAGAAUGGAGAAAUUAAGAAGAUUGGGCCUUGUUUAUUUUUGCUACCUUUUCCUCUUUUCUGGGCUGGAAUUCACACUCAGUUUCCUGACGCACCAGCGCUUCAAAUUCACAAGCAUGCAGCAGGGGAAAAUGUUUUUCUUCAUUGGUAUCAUCAUGGCUUUGAUCCAGGGAGGUUAUGCUCGUCGAAUCAAACCUGGGAAACACAUUAGGAAUGUAAAAAUGGCAAUGGUUACUUUGAUUCCAGCUUUUAUUGUCAUUGGAUUCUCCUGGAGUGUAACCAUGUUGUACAUCGGCCUUGCUUUGUAUUCCUUUGCUGCUGCGAUAGUUGUGCCAUGUCUCUCAACUCUUGUGUCUGAUUAUGGCUCUGUUAGUCAGAAAGGCACAGUGAUGGGCAUCUUGCGCAGUCUAGGUGCCCUUGCCAGAGCAAUGGGGCCUAUUGUGUCAUCAGCUGUAUACUGGGUCGCUGGAGCCAAGAUUAGUUUUUUGCUCUCAUCUGCAGGUUUCAUUAUUCCAUUGGCACUUCUCAGUACUGACUGGGAUGUAAAGGAUGAUAAAGACAAAUAG